AUGUCGGCAACUACGAGUGACAUCAAGAUCGCUUCCAUUGCUAUGGGGUUCACCCUUGGCUUUGGACUGCUAACUAUUUGGGAGGCCUGGAAGCAGACUCGACGGAAUCGAAACCCGCUUCGAAGUACUUAUAUUUACAUGCUCUGGGGAGAGAUUCUGGCGAAUAUUAUCAUCGCUAUCGUCGGAUGGAUUUUCUUGGAUGGAAUCAUCGGACCGACUGUACCGGUCUUGUUCUUUAUUCUUUUCUUCUGGGUCUUUGAGGUCCAGCUUCUUAUGCAAAUUAUCGUCAACCGAAUCUCCAUCAUCGCCGAACAUCGAUCUACUAUCUUCAAGCUGAAAUGGGGAACCGCUAUUACCAUCACUCUCAUCAACAUCGCCGUUUUUGUCAUCUGGAUUCCUGCUCAUACUGUUCCCCCCGCCAGUCAAACCUUUGUUCGCAUCAAUGAAGUCUGGGAUCGUGUCUCCAAGGUUCUCAUCCUUCUCGUCGAUGCUGGCCUCAAUUGGUACUUCCUUCGAACUGUCAAGAAGCGACUCGUUGAACAGCAUCGCUUGAAGAAGUAUGAGCCUUUGGUUGGCUUCAACGCAAAGCUGAUGAUAAUUUCGAUCCUCAUGGACGGCAUGCUCAUCGGUCUCAUGUCGCUCCCCAAUCAGGUCGUCUACAUCCAAUUCCACCCCGUCGCAUACAUGGUCAAGCUCAACAUCGAAAUGUCCAUGGCCAAACUCAUCACUCGCCUCGCAAAGGGUGAGAACGCCGACGACUACUACCCCUCUAUGUCGUACUCUGGCCACCACCAAAGCAACAACCAGCGCACCAACGAUGCACCAUGGACUCAGGGUAAUAAUGUCCAGUUGACACAUCGAUCAAAGGUUGUCGCUGGCGAUUCCGAUGAGGAUCUGUCGAGUACCAUGGGUAGACACAACGGCGGACCUGGCAUUCAUCGCCGAACAGAGUUUGAGGUUACUGUCGAGACGAAGCCUCAGAAGAAUCCUUUUAGGGAGGGCACAGACUCUGGGGAUGAGCUGCCUUUGACUUCAAAUACCGGACAUCCUAAGCAGAUGACGGUCGAGGAGGUUAGCCGUAUCCCAUCUAUCUCUAGUAGCAGACGGUCAUGA